AUGGUCUCUUACCUCGCCGCUGCUGUUGCUCUUUUGAGCGCGACUGCCAGUGCAAGAUUAAGCCGCCACCGUUCUAUCCCAUGUGGCGCCAAGAGCACCAUCUCCUACACUCUCGUGUCUGGUGACACUCUCGGUAGCCUCGCCACUCGCUUUAACUCUGGUAUCUGCGACAUUGCAAAGCUGAACAAAAUCACCAACCCCAACUCCGUCCCCGCUGGCGCCGUUCUCACCAUCCCUCAAGGCUGCACCGACCCCGACAACAGCUCGUGUUUAGCACCUGUCAGCACUCCUACUAACACCUGCGUCUUCGGCGUCGGAAGUUCUUACAACGUGCGCGGCGGCGACACCCUCACCUCUAUCGCCAACGACUUCAACAUCACGCUUGCUGGUCUUGAGUCUGCCAAUCCUGGUGUUACCAACCCUGAUCUCAUCCAAAUCGGUCAGCUCCUUAAUGUCACUGUGUGCCCUGGCAGCAGCUGUGAAUGGAUUGGUACCUACACUAUCAAGCAGGGCGACACUUUCGUCGACCUGGCUGUCAAGUUCGGAACUACUACUGGCCAGAUCGAGUCCGUCAAUGCGAACGUCAAUCCACUGUUCCUCCAGAUUGGCUCCGUCAUCGUCUUGCCUGAGGACUGCGAGGCUGGCAAGUCAUAG